CCUCUCCCUCUCCCUCGACCGGAAACGGCCAUCCCCAAACCUGAACCCCGACGCUCCUCCGCCUCCCCACUCACCAGCCACCUCACCAGCGACCUCAACCCCGCGGCGUUCGAUCGACUCCUCCUCCUCCCCCUCCCCUCUCGGGGCGCAUUAACGCCUUCCUAAUCAGUUCCCCUCUCGCAUCCCCGCACCAAUCCGCGCCCGCACCAAUCCAUUUCCGCCCCCCUCGAAUCCCCAAACCCUACCCGCCGCCGCGCCGCCCCGCCCACCCACCGCCGCGGCCCGCCCGCCCGCCCGCCGCGCGGGGCCAGGGGGGAGGGAUGGGGGAGGAGAAGAUGGGCGGGUGGAGGAGGACGCUCGGCGACGUGGCCGAGUUCCAGUGCUUCGUCUGCAAGGACGCCGGCGACGUCCGCGUCUGCGACUUCAGGAACUGCCUCAAGAGCUACCACCCGGGCUGCGUGGGGAAGCCGGACGACUUCAUUGAUUCCAGUGACCGAUACGUUUGUGAUUGGCACAAAUGUGCUAAAUGCAGAAGUGAUGCACUCUAUUUAUGUUUGUGCUGUCCAAGUUCCUCCACUUGUGGAGUCUGCUUUGGAAAAGUUGAUUUCGUCCCAGUGAAGCAGAGCAAGGAAAUCAGCGUGGGGUUCUGCCGCAGCUGUUUUAAUAUGGCAGUAGCGACUGAGAAAGAUGACCAUGAAGAGUUAAUGGUUGUUUUUGGAGGUGCCCCGGAGAACUAUAAAAUAUUGUUUAAAGAUUACUGGACAUUACUUAAUGACAAGGAGCAUUUCACAUUGCUCGACUUGCAAACAGCAAAUAUUCGUCAUAAAAGAAGCCUAAAGUGUAAAGAAGGGAAUGAUUUGGAUAAGUAUCACAAGCCAUUAGGUGACAAUGAUUGUGCUGGACCAUCAUCUCUUCUUGACACGAUGGACAAACCAAAUGAAGUGCAAGCAACUAUGAAGCGAAAGAAGCUGGAGAAAAAAACAUAUGUUGGCUGGGGUUCAAAAGAGCUAACAGAAUUCCUAUCAUGUAUUGGUAAGGAUACAAGCACGCCUCUUGACCAUUUCAAAGUUACUGAAGUUGUCAAGCAGUAUGUUCGACAGAAGAAUCUUCUACAUGAUAAGAAGAAGAAAUCUGUCAUGUCUGAUCCGAAUCUGCAAUCUUUAUUUAACAAAAGGAAAUUUAAGUAUAACAUGAUCCAUAGCUUGCUGGAAACACAUCUUUCUGCAAAUGCGAUUUCAGAGGAUGAAAGUGAUCGAUCUGUGGAUGACAACGGUUACACGGUAAAAAAGAAGCUUCGGAAUAGUUUGGAGCCAAAAAUACCUAAGAGUGUUUCAGGAACAGACCAAUUAAUUCCUAAGAGUGUUUCAGGAUUAAAGAAGAAGUGUCUUGCCGCUCUCAACCAGAAUAACCUCAAUCUGAUUUAUCUGAGAAGAACCUUAGUUAUAAAACUUCUGACUGAGCUAGACACAUUUGAACAGAAGGUUAUUGGUUCUUUGGUUAGAGUGAGGAAUGAUCUCAAGAGUUAUACUUAUCAGAUGACUAAGAAAUAUUACCAGAUUGGACUAGUUACAGGAAUUAAGAAAUCUUCAGAAGAAUACAAGAUUAAGGAUACACGUACAGAUAUUCUUUUAUGUGUUUCCAGCAUGUGGGAUGAUGUCAAGAUCUCGAUGCUAUCAGAAGAGGACUUUGAGGAAGAUGAGUGCAAUGAUCUUCUUCUGUCGGCCAAGAAAGAGCUCUUCAAAAGGCCUACCGUUGCUGAGUUAGAGGAAAAGGAGGCAAGUGUACAUGCAGACAUAGUAAAUCAUUGGUUUGAUAAGCAGCUUGCAAAAUUGGGAAAGGAGUUGGAAAGAGCGCGUGAGAAGGGUUGGCGCCAAGAAAUCCAUGACCUAACUUGUAAAAAAGUGCUUCUAAGCACACCAGAAGAAAGACAGCGCCGUCUUGAGGCGAUCCCGGAAGUUAUUCCAGAUGCAGAAGAGGAGAGUAAGGAAACUGAGAUUUUAUCAGCACCAAGCAACCCUUUUCAAGGGAAUCGAGAUGACAGACAGCGACGUGUUGAGGCGAUCCCUGAAGUUAUUCCAGAUGUAGAAGAAGAGAAUAAAGAAACUGAGAUUGAAUCAGCAGCAAUGAAUCCUUUUCAAGGGAAUCGAGGUGUGACACAGACAGUAGCCGACCCUUUGGAAGUUGGUAUAGAUCAAUCGCUAGAAGGUGCAUCACUGCAACAUGAUGCUGCUUGUGAAGUUGCUUUUGAAGCUGCCGGCAAAGCCCUCUGUAAUGGUGGCACUCCUGGUCCUGGAUUGCACACUCCAUCGAACACAGUUGCUGGAGUCAUUGAUAUCGACAACGAGGAGUAUGUAAAUGGUCUUAGUCAUCACAAUGGUAGUGACGAACAAAAUAUCAUCGAUCUGGUCAGUGAUGACGACGAGAACCAACGUGAGCCAGAACGGGCAAAAUGUGGUGGACCGGAAGCCGACAAUGGGAUCGCUGCUCAUGCACAUGAUGGACCGGAAGCCGUCAAUGGGGUCACCAUACCUACAGUCCGUGUUUCCGAUGAUCUGGAUGGAAUCACGGGGCCUGCACGCAGUACUUCACAAGCCAUGGCACGUGAUCCUGUAACUGUGAAUGGGAUAGGCGAGUCAGAUCAAGGGUGGCUUUACAUGGAUCCUCAGGGGCAAGAGCAUGGGCCAUUCCCAAUGGCUCGAAUGCGGGAGUGGCAGCAACUCGGGUACUUCCCUGAGGACUUCCGCGUGUGGAAAGCAGGGAAAUCACGGCGGAGGAGAACCAUCUUGCUUGUAGAUGCCAUGCGGUCGCACUAGUGCGGUGUCCUCUUUGAGUUGCAUUCUGCUUGGAAAGCCUUGGAGAGUACAGUUUUGCUCGUUGCUUUGCUCAACUGUAACUGAGCCGGGCACCAUUAUAGUUGAAAUGUUAUUGUGGAUGUUUGGUUUGGGUAGGAGAUGGUCCAGAGUGGAAAACCCUCUUGCUGUACAGCCAAUUCCUUGCUCCUCUCCAUUCCAGCAACAUAGUCAGUUUUAGCAUAUUCUGAUGCAGUUAAUUCCCAUAGCAUUGAAAUUCAGAUUUCUUUUGUGUUGUCAGUGUAGAUUGGAUCCUGACAGCAACAGAUCGGGCCUAUUUGAUUUAUGCCCGCACUUUGUUGAAUAAAAGUAGGGAUUUUUUUGACUUUUCAUGGCAACGGUUCUGUUUAACACUGUUCUUGUAAAACUAUGACCUGCUCCCUCCGUUCCUAAAAUAUAAAUUCUUUUAAAGAUUCCA